GAAGCACAAGUAUAUGCACAAGAGAAUGGCCUUUUCUUUAUUGAAACCUCGGCAAAAGCUGCAACCAAUGUCAAUGACAUUUUCUACGAAAUAGCAAAGAGACUGCCUCGUGUGCAGCCAGUGCCAAACCCAUCGGGGAUGGUACUUAUGGAUAGACCAGCAGAGAAUGCAACUAGUGCUUCUUGUUGCUAUUAA